UAAAUAAUCUUCCUCCUACAUUUUCAAUUUUUUUUUUUUUUUUUUUAUAUUUUAUUCUGUAGCUUCUCGCUUUUACGCUGCACCCCUCUUUCUCUUUCUUCCAUUGAAGCGUACUCUGAGUUCUCCAAUAAAGCGACUUCUGAGAUUUCUUUCCUCCAUUGAAGCAUACUCUGAGCUCUUCAUUGAAGCGGAUUCUGAGCUUUCUAUCCUCCAUUGAAAAAGGAUGAGUCCUUCAGUUGUUCGAAAAUCUCCAGCAAGGCAUCAUUCAUCCAGGCACUCGGUCUCCCCAGAGAGGGAUCAUGGUGAACCUCGCAGAAGAAGAAGAUCCCCUGCCUUGAGCUCUCCUCGUAGUAGGAGCCCAUCUCGUAGAGAAAGAUCCCCAGCUCGUCACAGGAGCGCUCAUAGGGAUAAGGGUGGUUCUCCAGUGAGGGAGAGGCAUUCAGGCCGCGUUAAGUCACCCAAACCAGUGAAAUUGAGCUCUCCUGGGCCUAGAUCUCCAUCACCUAGGACUAAACGUUUAAGGAGAUCUGAGGCUGAAAGGGAUGCUGGAAAAUCUUUAGACAGGGAACGUGAGAAAAAUCUUGGUAAGGGAAAUGACAAGUCUAAGCAUGAGAGGAAUCAUAAGGAAAGGGAUUCUGAGAGGGAAGUUCCGAAGGAUAGAAGAGAGCGGAAAUCUGACAAAGACAGAGAAAGGGAAAGAGAUAGCGAAAGAGGCAGAGUAAGAGAUGGUGCAGAUGGUGGAUCUUCUAGAUCAAGACACCAGCAAUCUGAGUCACCAUCAGAUCAUCAUCGUCAUUGCAGCCGGCACUAUUCACGGUCACCUCCACCGCCUUCUCAUUCCAGAGCUCGUGAUGAGGAUGAAGAAUAUAGAGGAGCUGAACACCGAGAUGAUGAUGACGUUGAUGCACUUGCAAAAAUGGAAGCUACUGAACAGGCAUUGACAACGAAGGAAAAGCAAAAACCUUCAUUUGAGCUAUCAGGAAAGCUUGCUGAAGAAACCAAUCGAGUAAAAGGCAUUACUUUGCUUUUCACCGAACCUCCUGAUGCUCGGAAACCUAACGUAAGAUGGCGUUUGUAUGUUUUCAAGGGCGGUGAAGUAUUAAAUGAGCCACUUUACGUACAUCGUCAGAGUUGUUACCUAUUUGGAAGAGAAAGAAGGAUAGCUGAUAUACCUACAGAUCAUCCGUCUUGUAGCAAACAACAUGCAGUCCUUCAAUAUCGGCAAGUUGAAAAGGAGCAACCUGAUGGCAUGGUGUCAAAGCAAGUAAGGCCAUACUUGAUGGACCUUGGAAGCACCAAUAAGACCUUCAUUAAUGAGAAUCCUAUUGAAGCUCAACGUUAUUAUGAGCUCUUUGAGAAGGAUACCAUAAAAUUCGGCAAUAGCAGCCGAGAAUAUGUACUGCUACAUGAGAACUCAAAUUAGUUAUUCUGCUUCAGCUCUCAGUUGGCGGUUGAUCAACCAAAAUGUACACGAAUAUAUCCUGGGAUCCUCUUCCUGCGAAUAUUUCUUGCCCAUUUCUUGGUUCAUUUUGGCCAUCUUUCUUUGGACUGGGUUUCUGUUGAAUUUCAAAACUUGGAAGGGCCUAUUCUGUAAGAGAACCUUCAUUCCCGGAGUUAGAUUAUCAAAUGUUGGAUGAGUUAGUCCCCGUAUAUAAUUAUGGAGUAUAAUUUGACCUACUUUCUGUUAGUGUAGUGGAAAUUGCUAUGAUGCAGUAUGGUGCUUGUUACAAACAUUCCGGUGAUGCUUUUCAUUUUAAAUUCUGUUGGAACUAAUCACUGGUCUUCAAAGUCUCCUUGUCACUUGUUAGUAAGAGUUUGUUCUAAAGAUCUUGAAUAAAAUAUUAGGAGCAUUUUUUCUUUAAAUCUUA